AGGCUGCAGUUCCCGCAGGGAAUUCCGCCUGCGGCGCCGACGCCCUUCGCUUGGCCCUGCUGUCCCAGAACUGCCACGGAGCCGAAAUCCGGGUGGACGUGGGGGAGGUGCUGAGUCAGCGCCGCUUCUGCAACAAGGUGUGGAACGGGCUGCGCUUCGUCCUGGGGGUCCUGGGGGACCUGGGGGGGCAGUUCAGGCCCCCCCACCCUGAGCAGGUGGUCCCAGGUGAUCCCAUGGAGCGCUGGGUGCUGUUUGACCCCCCCAAUCCCAUGUUGAUCCCAUUCCAGGUGGUCCCAGGUGAUCCCAUGGAGCGCUGGGUGGUCCCAGGUGAUCCCAUGGAGCGCUGGGUCCUUUCCCGCCUGGCUGGGGCCGUCUCCGAGUGCAGCCACCGCUUGGAUUCCCUGGAAUUCCACGGGGCCCUGGCGGCCGUGCAGCACUUCUGGCUCCGCAGCUUCUGCGACGUCUUCCUGCUCUCUCCCUGUUUUCCUAGGAGGCCUCCAAGGUGUCCGUGCGGGGCCCGGGGGGGUCCCCGGGGGUGCUGGUGGUCUGUGCUGAGCUGGGGCUGCGGCUCCUGGGCCCCUUCGCCCCCUUCGUGGCCGAGGAGCUCUGGCAACGCCUGCCCCGCCCGCCCCCCGCGCCCCACCCUCUGCAGGGCCUCCUUCCCCGACCCACGGGCACUGGCCCACUGGCGCUGCCCCGAGGCUGAGGCCCAGGUGUCGGCCAUGCUGGAGGUGGUUCGGGUGCUGAGGGGGCUCCGCGAGACCUUCCGGCUCGGGGGGACCCGGCCCCAGGUGCUGGUGCGGUGCCCGGAGCAGACCCGGGAUUGGCUGCAGGAGCUCGGCCCCGCCUUCCGGGCGCUGUCGGGGGCGGGGUCUGUGCGGUUCCUCCCCCUGGGGGCGGAGCCGGGCCCGGGCUGGGCGGCGGCUCCCGCGGGGGAGCAAACCUGGGCCUACCUGGGCCUGCAGGGCCUGGCAGACCCCGGCACCACCCGGGAGCAGCUCCGGGCCCGCGCCCUCCGCGUCCGGCGGCGCCUCCAGAGCCUGGGGGGGUCCCCGGGGGGCUCCGACCCCACCCCCGGCUCCUCCACCCAGCACCAGGUGUCCAUCCUGAUGGCCGAGCUGUCCCGCCUGGAACGAGCCCUGGUGGCCCUGGAGACCCUCGGGGACCCCCCCGGGACCCCCCCAGGGGACCCCCCAACCCCCUCGAGUCAAUAAAACCCCUCUUAAUUAA